AUGGAAUGUCUCUGGUCGUGGGAUAUCUGUGGGUGGGUUGUGGUGUGUUGGGACUGGUGUGGACUUCCACCUCACCGGUUUAUUCAACUGAAAUUGCGUCGAGACGGAUCAGCGAAGUAUAUUCAAACAGGAGGUUGCAGUGGCACACGCACUCUUCUCCACUUAAUUAUCUGUGCGCCUUUGUUUAUUCCGCUGCCCGUAGGUAACGACGUUCUUGAGUUCAUAUCACAAUUGGCCAACGUGAUGGAUUGUGAUAAGAUCUUGGCUCUGGCGAAGGCUUAUGCGGGUCAUAGUCUGCACAGCAGUUCAGUCCCACCAGAGCUCAAGGCCUCACUGUACCCCAAGCAUGUUCGACCUCUGCAGGCGGGCCCGGACUCGGCUCAAGCAUUGCAAUCGUAGCAGAUGAUCGCAAUCAAACCGAAUGCAAAUAUUAGGAAGUACAUCGGAGUGGAAGGCUGCAAUGCUCCACUUUCCAUAUGAUGUGGUGUACUAUGAUGAGGAAAUAUAAUAGCAACAUCAGCAGUCACGGUUGUUGCGUAGUUAGGCAUUGUGGAUGUCCAUUCCAUCCCCCGACUUUGACAAGGACAGUUUUACUCCUUUUAAAGUUAAUACCGGACCUCCCUAUCAGAUUCUCAGCUUGCUUACUAGUAGACAUGAUUUAGUAGAGCAUCCAGUACGUGAAAACAAACAUCAUCACCACGUAGUUUGUCGAUGAAGAUUAAAAGGAACG